CUAAAACCAACCAAAAUAUUAUUAAAAUACAAAAGUUUUAAGUAUACGGAAAAAAAGGUAACCUGAAAGUUUUUAGUAACUUGAAGGUAAAAUAGUUGACCGAAGAUAAAAUAUACGAAAUAAAUAUAAAAUAGUGAAUGUUUUCCCAGAGAGCGAAAAAUCAUCCAAAAUGGAAAAUAAUUAGUAAAAAUAAAAUAAAUUAAAUAAAAAUAUUAAGAAUUUAACAAGAUCACACAAAGGAUACCGGAAACCAAGGAAAAAAAAUUGUAGAAACAGCGCUAAUAUCGUUAUUGAUGUAAAACUGGCACUAGCAAAGUAUAAAGUCGAAAAGUAAGCGGAAUUGCGCCAGCAACAUAAAGUGAAAAUUAAAAGGAAAUGCUUUGAAAAGUGGUUAAGUGCAAUAAAAAGUAGCAAAAAAAAAUUUUGUCAUAACGAAAGUGUUAACGGUAAAUUACACACUUCAAAACAAAAAAAUAAAAAAUAAAGACUAUAAAAAAUCUCAAAAAGAAGCUUUUUAAACUUACAUUUACACUACCUUGCCCGCCGACCAACUUGGCGUAUACGUAAUAAAAGCGCGCGCGUGUGAUUUCUAGGAAUGCAGCAUUUGUGCGUAUAGGUUAGCUGCGACUGCUUCAGCGUAGCGAGCGAGCGAAUGCUGCUGCUGCCAGAUUACGCUGUACAACAUGGAUGGCGAGAAUCGGAUUAUACUCAAUGUGGGUGGCAUAAGAUAUGAAACAUAUAAGGCAACAUUGAAGAAAAUACCCGCCACACGUCUUUCCCGCCUCACUGAGGCGCUGGCCAACUAUGAUCCGGUGUUGAAUGAGUAUUUCUUUGAUCGCCAUCCGGGUGUAUUCACGCAAAUACUCAACUACUACAGAACCGGUAAAUUACACUAUCCCACAGACGUCUGUGGACCACUAUUCGAAGAGGAACUAGAGUUUUGGGGACUCGAUUCGAACCAAGUAGAACCAUGCUGUUGGUCCACCUACAGCAUACACCGUGACACACAGAAUACUUUAGCCAUUUUAGAUAAAUUAGAUAUUGAAAAUGAAAAACCCUCUGAAGAACAAAUUGCACGUCUAUUUGGUUUCGAAGAAGCACUUAUUAAUGGACGACUUAGCUGUUGGCAACGCAUUAAGCCGAAGGUGUGGGCGCUCUUUGAUGAACCAUCCAGUUCGACGGGUGCUAAAAUCGUUGCUAGUAUGUCGGUUUUCUUUAUAUUCGUUUCUGUGAUAUCGUUCUGCUUGAAGACCCAUCCGGGUUUUCGUGUGGACUUUCCCGCCACUCACACCGAACAUGGACCAGGUCCGUCGGCUGUACCGCACACGCCAGCCGUGCACAUACCGAGUAUACCUCAUCAGCAUAAUAUGCCACCGGUGCCGCCGAGCGCACACAUAGCCACCACAGUGACGGCGGCACCGGGUACACGUAGCGGUGCUGUGGGCAAUAUGGCACCGCCGGUGCACGGAAACAACUACGGUAUGAAUGUUUCAAGUGCCAGCGGCAUUAACUAUACGCUGGCGCACACCUUUAAAGUUACAAACUAUACAGCGCCGGGUAAUACCAACACCAGUCAGUCGAUAGCCACAUUCUCGCUGAAGGGCGCCGGCGGCGGCGGCCUCUCAAAUCGCAAUCGCCUGAAACGUUCCAUACGCAACGUGAAGGACUUGAUCCAACAGAAAUUACUCGGCGGUGUCGAUCAUCACGGGCAUGGCUGGCAUGAGUCGUACGGACAGCCGCACGAAGCUUUCUUCUACGUAGAGUUGGUGUGCAACGUGUGGUUCUUCAUCGAGGUGCUCAUCAGGCUUAUUGUUUCGCCGAAUAUUUGGCAGUUCAUCAAAUCACCGGUUAAUAUAAUUGACUUUACCGCCACUCUAAGCUUCUACACGGACGUCAUGCAACGCAUGGGCGAGUAUACCGGGCUACUAGAGGCUUUCUCGAUAGUACGCAUUAUGCGUCUCUUCAAGCUGACGCGACAUUCGCCAGGUCUUCGCAUUCUCAUACACACAUUCAAGGCCUCAGCGAAAGAGCUGACGUUGCUGGUCUUCUUCCUAGUGCUCGGCAUUGUCUUUUUCGCAAGUUUGGCGUACUACGCGGAGAAGUUGCAGGACAACCCUGAAAAUCAGUUUAAAAGCAUUCCACUUGGUCUCUGGUGGGCCAUAGUCACUAUGACCACUGUCGGUUAUGGCGAUGUAGCGCCGAAAACUUAUCCGGGUAUGUUUGUAGGCGCUCUUUGUGCUCUUGCUGGCGUACUGACGAUAGCACUGCCGGUACCUGUCAUCGUUAGCAACUUUUCCAUGUUUUACUCACACACGCAGGCACGUUCGAAACUGCCAAAGAAACGCCGGCGUGUGCUACCCGUCGAACAGCCGCGUCGCAAACGUGAACAAGGACCAGCGACACGUGGCCGUGCGAACGCCAUUAAACAGACAACUUCACUGCCACAUGGUCACCAUGGCGGACACGCUGGGCAUUUGUUGAGCGCCACCGGCCUGCAUCAUGGCGUUGCGACGACGACGCCGGCAACAGCCAGCACGAUGUUCAAGGAUCCUUUCGGUGGUGCCAAAAUCGGCAGCAUGAAUGGCGUUAAUGUGAUAGGCCUCAACAUGCCGGGGCAACAACCAGUGCCUUUGACCGCCGCCACGGCCGGUGCCACCUGCGGUGCUGCGAGGAUGCCCUCACCAUUGCCAAAUCAUCCGUCGGGUUCAACGUCGGCAACCGCGCAGACAUCGCUUAUGCUGACCAGCGGCGGCCCAGCGGUCAUAAGCUCGGAUUACUUGAGCGUGCCGCCGGUACAGAGUUUGCAGCCGCGCGCCGCCACAACGGGACAUGACUUUAUGUUACCACUGCAACCCAAGCUGUUAGCGCCAUUAGAAUGUAAAGAUCAUCACGCGCUGCAGUUGGCGCCGCAACAUCUGCCUGGCGCCGAUGGCAUGCAUAACGGUGUACAAUUACAUCACACGCAGGCGCCCUACCAUAUCACCGGCGCGCAUCAUUGUCUCAGCAGCAGUGGCGUCGGCAGCACGGACAGCAUCAGCGGCAGUCACUCGGGCAGUCGCGCCGCGUUGAAUGUGCCGCCCACUAUUAGUGUGGCGUCCGCGCAAAUGCCACCCGGCGUACGCACACCCAACCUGAGUGCGCGCGCUGCACAAAUAUUGGCCGCGCAGCAAAUGCGUGAGGCAGCGGCCGUCGCCAAUGCUGGUCACGGCAAUGUGCAUCAUUCAAGUGGUUGUAAUAUAACGAUUGCGGUCAAUGAUGGCGGCGGUGGUGCAUUGCUGGAGAUGGAGAAUUCAACGGCGUAUAUGGAACAUCAGCAACAACAACAAUAUCAUCAACAACACCAUCAGCAAACACAAUGUUCGCCACAGUGUACGCAAAGUCCACAAAAGCAACAGCAAUAUCACUACCAACAACAACAACAGCAGCAGCAGCAGCACGCGCAACAUCAUCACCCACCGCCGAAGGUGACGCUGCUGGACGAUGGUGGCAGCAGCGAUUACGCCAAUGCGACGGAUGAGGGCGAGGACGACUAUGAGAGUCGUAAUGGCAGUGUUAAUGAGUAUACAAAUGGUGAUGAUGGCGAUGCCGUUGGUGCUGGUGGUGGUGGUGGUGUUGGUGCUAGAGGUGGCAAUGGUGGCCGCUUGUACGGCACCGAUUUGCGCUGAUUGCGGGAUAUCGGUUGGAAAUUUCCAUUUUAAAUGGAUAGAGAUAAAUGUCUGUGUGUGUAUAUAUGUAGCAAAUAGCCAGUAUAACUGUGUGUUUCGUGUUAAAUGUGUAUGUUGCGGUCAACGGUUGGAAGAGGAAGUAAGCUAGAUAGUUAAUGAGUUUCAACGAGCAGCCAUUAAGCGCAAAUUUAUAAGGCUUCUAGUGACCAUGUUGCCAUUGAACUCUUCAUCCCUAAAGGCAAACAAACUGGGAUCAGCGAUUUUCAUAAGCUUAUCUUAAAGUGAAUUUUUCACCAACACAAUAAUUCGCCAUAGACAGGAAGAGGUAGUUAACACUCGAUGCGAAAACCUGACUUUAAAGUGGAUGCAUUAGUACUUCGCAACUAAGCGUCUAGCGAGUCGUUAGUGAUAUGUGUGGUCUGGUGUUGUGUUGAUGGAACACAAUUCCUUUCCUUUGAUGCCAAAUAACCGGAAAUAAAUAUACGAAACCAAAAAAGAGUGUGAUUAGCAUAAUCCGAUCGUACUUAUACAACGCGAGUUACAGAUUACUAAAGCCAGCUAUGGGAAAAACAAGAAAAAACGUCAACUUCGACUGCACCGAAGCUAUAAUACCCUUAAAAGCAGCCGCAAGAAACGCCAAUCAAAUAACUUCCUUUCUUCAACAACGCAACAACCAGCUUUCCACUCAUAUGUGCAAAUAAACGUAAAUUGUACUUUUUAUUCCGCCUCACUCCGCCAGCAAUCGUAUUGACAUUGUUGCAGCCACAAUGAGGUGUUGUAGCACACACACAUAAAGAAACAUACGCAGACAAACACAACAAAGGAGAGAAGAAGUAAAGCCUUCAAGCCACUAAAGCAACAGCACACGGAACCGCCAUAGCCCAGCCACUCGACAAUUAAAUUAAUCGCACGCCCAUUUAAUUUUGUCAUUGCCACUAAUUGUGAUGAUUGCGGCAGCCGCAGCCACUGUGGCAAGCCAACAAUUGGCAAGCGCCAACAGCUAGCGUCGAACCGCUAAAGCCGUACACCGUAACCGCCUUGCAAAAUGCGUAAUUUAAGUAAUAUUCAAAUGCAUGUAACAAUAAAACGACAAUAAAACAAAACCAGAUAAU